AUGCUCUCCCGCCCCAGCUGUCGUCUGCACAUUACCAGACCAAACCGCUUCCACCGAUUCCUAAAAGCCAAAAUCCAGGUCCAAGUCAACUCCAGAGAACCAGCUUGCGGAGCCGGCCAGCCCGCCGACGCGGUGCCACUCGGUGGUUAUGGCGGGGAGUUCUCGCGGCUGGCACGCGAUGUCGCCGGCCCAACUGCCCGCCAGAGGCCACCGCCCAUGGACUUGACUUCGACCAACCGACGGUAUAGCUACCUCAAGCACUACAGCAAGGCGAUCGGCCCCCUAGACUCCUUGUCUCCCCUUCCCGGGGAUCGCAGCUCGGUUGAAAUGCACAAGCAGGGCAAACGCCGGAGUGUGAUCGUGGCGACGGACAACCCAAACCCACGUCUAGCCACUGUACAGGGUUCCUUCGACAUACCCCCGGCCAGUGACGGCUGCGAGAUCUACUCUCUCGACCAUAUCGACCACGACGCCGAUGAGACCCUUGUCGGCGAAGGCUUCCAGCUCUCACCCAAAGGGCUUCCAAACUCCCCGCCUCCGCACUUGUACAGCGGAUACACGUCUUCUUUGUACAGCGACGCCGGCCCGGCACGCCCCCACCAGUCACAAGCAAGGCAUGAACCCGAGCACGGGUAUGACAAAGAUGACGAGCCCGUCUCGCCUUCCACAGCACCCAAGGGUAUCCAGCGUGUUAGCACACACAGCACGUACUCCAACUACAACGACAUGGAAGAUUAUGCCAUCAAGGACAUGUACCACGCGACAGUGGGCCAAAUCGCGGCCUCCACGCGGGGCAGUACCAGCAGCACCGCGGCACAGGCACCCUCGCCCUCGCCAUCGUCUAAGCGCACAUCCUGGGCCCACGUACAAAGCCAAUCCAUCGGCCACCGGCGUCCGGCGAGCGUGCAGUCGAAUUCGACGUUUGGCGGGGCUAGCGGGCAGACUUUUGGCCGUCCCGGACGGCCUGUGGCGCCCGUGCUCACGAGUACCUUUGAGGAGGACGAAGAUGUCCGGCCUGGAUAUAUGUCGCGGUUGCUCCGGAGGCGUAGUGUCGUCUACGAAAAGAGUCCAGCCUGGACGCCCGCGCCCGCGCCCGAAACGACGGCACCGAUGUUCGCACCCGCACUACCGAACCUGGUGCCCAGCCGACCACCUCCAUCGACCCCUACGUCCGGAUCGACGGGUACAGCGACGCCGACAGCGACGGCCCCGCGGGCGGGGACUGAUGCGGCGGCUGCCAGCACCAAGCCCAAGAAGAGGGUGUCCAAGUUCGGGGCGGGGUUGCAGGGACUGGUCGCGCAAGCGAAGAAGGGCGCAGAGAUGUUGACCAAGUCGGAGAGGAGGAAGCUGGGACUCCGCCACAAGAUCCGAGUCCUACCCGAAUGA